ACAGUGGCAGAGUCUUAAUGAGCGUGAGCGGUUCCGUCCGCACGGGCCGCCGAAUCCUCCCACUCUCCUGGCCACACCUCCUCUGAUACAUAUGCGUCAGGUCCGUCAUCAUUAUUCAUGAGGCAGGCAUGUGCAGAGGCUGUGAGAGAGAAGGGGGAGUGUCUGUGUGUGACUGGGAGCCACAGCGUGCGGGUGAGAGAGAGAGAGAGAGAGUAUGUGAGUGUGUGUGUGGGGUAGUAAGGGAGAAGGGGGGAGACAAGUAGGAGGCUGACAUCGCAACGGCUGCUGCUGCUGCUGCUGCUACUGCUGCGAUCACAUCUCACACACACACACACAUGCAUGCACCACACCACUCUGGUGUGCUUGUGCCAUGCUCUGCUGACCGGAGCUCUCUGUGCACAGUGUGUGUGGUAGAAGUGCUCAGGGCAGACUGAUGAGAGACAGUGUGUGUUCCUGGAGGGUGACCCCCCGACUGCUUCUGGGGAGAGAGAGAGCUCCUGUGAACCCGUGACGCCGAGGAUGGGCUGCAAUCUGUGCUCGCUGCAGAAGAGAGAGGAGCAUUACAAACUGCUUUAUGAAAUUUCACAGGUGAAUGGGAAGGACUUAUCAAGAGCCAGCCAUGAGGAAGCAGUGCAGGCCUUCCGCACUGCCAAAGACCCCAUCGUGGUGCAGGUGCUCCGGCGCCAACCGCUGCCUCUGGGUCAAGGGUCAUCUCAGGAUGUCCAGCUGGUGGAUGUAUGCACACAGACAGACAUCACCUUCGAGCACAUCAUGGCUCUUGCCAAACUCCGGCCUAGCAGCCCACCUGUGCCAGACAUUUGUCCGUUCCUGCUCUCAGACAGCUGUCACUCCCUCCACACAAUGGGCCAGGAGUACUAUGAGGGGAGUGAGUAUCUUUCCAACAUGCCAGCUGAGGCUGAGAGGACUGAUGAGUUAGAGUAUGAGGAGGUGGAGCUGUGCCGCCAGAACAGUCAGGAGAAGCUCGGCCUCACUCUCUGCUACAGGACGGACGAUGAAGAGGAUGUCGCUAUCUACGUGUCAGAGAUUGGACCUAAUAGCAUCGCAGCCCGUGAUGGUCGUAUCCGGGAAGGGGACCGUAUCUUGCAGAUAAAUGGUCAGGAUGUGCAGAACAGAGAGGAAGCAGUGGCGUUGCUGUCUUCUGAGGACACUAGAAGCAUUGUACUGCUUGUAGCCAGACCAGAGAUGCAGUUGGAGGAGGCCUGGUUGGAUGAUGAGCACACAGAGUUUUUAGAAGAACUCAAAAUGGAAAUGCUAGAAGAACAAAGAAGAGAGGAGGAAGAGAUGGAGAGAGCAGCCAGAGAAGAAGAAGAGCAGGUCAGGAAAGCAAAGCAGGAGGAUGUGAUGGGCAGCAGUGCUUCCUGCUCGUCCAGCCAGGACAGGAGUUGUGCUGCUGGAUCCAUGCACCAUGGGGCUGAUAGCUCUGAGCAGAGUGUUCUGGCCCAGCUCCAGAAGAGACUCUCCCGGUGUCUGAGGCAGCGACGGGAGGACCAAGACUCACCAAGAGAAGAGGAGGGGCGUUCUGAAGGCGAGUGCUACCAGCAGCUACUGCAGCUAAAGUGCCAAAUCCGUAACAGCGGAGAGUACGACCUUUUCUAUAGCCGCAGCAGCACCAUCGAGUGCAGCCUGACUGAACAGGGCGGGAGCGGCGGUAUGGAGCGUGAGCUUCGGCUCCUCAACGAGGAACUGCGUAGCAUUGAGCUGGAAUGCCAGAGCAUCAUGCAGGCACAGCAGCUCCGAAAAAGGGAGCUGCAGCAAGAUGGAUCUGCCAAAGAGCAAGGGAAGCAGAGUCCUCACCGAGGAAAGCUGGCCCACAUAAGUGAACGUCCAGAGAAGUCAGACAAGGACAGCUCCAGUGCUUAUAACACGGCAGAGAGCUCACGGAGUACACCUCUACUCAUGGACCGUUCACCAGAACAUUCUGUGCAGAGACUAGUCAGCCUGACUAAUCAGAAAAACCUGAGGAGCACUAUGCUUGUGGGACGUGGCUCCGCCCCCUGUCCCCCUGUAAGAAGGGCUCCGAGUGGCAGCCCUGACCACAGCAACCCCUCUGAAUCGGAGCAGACACCCCCGGCAGAGGAAGAGAGCUUACCAAGGAAAGCGAGAACGUUAAGAUCACGCAUCCCCUACCUCUCCCCUCGGCACCAGCACGUAGACAUCCCAUCCCACGCCACACACUACCAGAGCUACAUGCAGCUAAUUCAGCAAAGCUCAGCUGUAGAAUACGCACAAUGUCAGCUCAGUCUUCCUGCGCAGCCCUCUGAGCCAAAACUUGAGUGGAAGGUAAAGGUGCGCAGUGACGGCACACGCUACAUUACCAAGCGGCCAGUUCGGGACCGGCUGCUGCGCGAGCGAGCACUUAAGAUCAAAGAAGAACGCAGCGGCGGUAUGACCACGGACGACGACACCAUGAGUGAGAUGAAGAUGGGCCGCUACUGGAGCAAGGAAGAGCGCAAGCAGCAGUUGCUGAGGGCCAAAGAGCAGCGGCGACGGCGUGAAUUUAUGCAGCGCUGCCGGCUCGAGAGUCUGAAAGAGUGCCCGCAGAGCAGUGGCGAGGGCCGCAAAGAGCUCAGCAUCAUCGAACUCAGUCAACGCAAGAUGAUGAAGAAGCGCAACAAGAAGAUCCUCGACAACUGGAUGACCAUUCAGGAGCUAAUGACGCAUGGAGCAAAAGCACCCGAAGGGGCCAAAGUUCACAAUGCCUUCCUUUCAGUUACAACUGUAUAGAGAGCCACUCUGACUCAAACUCUACCCCAUGUGGUACGAUCUACUUUUGCCUCGUUCAAUGUGGCGAUUUUUAUGAGAGGAAAAAAAAAAGUAUUUUUCUCACUUUGUAACUUUGAAUGAACAUUUUGUAAACAGUCUAUCGACAGGUUCAUCACAUUUGUAAUGCGAUUUUUUUUCGUUCACAAAUUUCGAGGGUUUUCAUGACACCUGCAGUGAGAAACUCUUUGGUGCAAAAAUUCCAAAGUGCUAAUUUGUGUUAAAAGCUGCUCUUUUUUAGUAUUUGCUGCAUCCAUACCUCUGUUAUGUACUCAUAUUCAGAUUUCUGUUCAUUGGGAAAUAAACUGCCAUGUAAUUACGGUAUCAGCUUUUCUUUUUUGGUUUCCGUGCCGGUUUCAUUGUUUCAGCUGCGACUUUGAAUGGAAAUUCGACAUACAGUAAUAUCUCGCACCUAGACACAAAAUGCAGCAUUUCUCUGGAGAACCUUACUCACUCAGUUACACUGUAAGAGUCUGACCAACCCAGCCACCAGCAACAGGCCGAUACCAGCAGACACACGGUAGCGCUCUGGACGAACACGGUUUCUUUAAAGAUUUCACACGAUUGAUGCUACAGCGUUACAUCGUUAAUCGAUUUUCCAGUCCAGUGAGCACCCUGAACUGAAUUGUUUCCUCAAGGGCUUCAUAAUUAGUCGAUCGGGUGAAUCCCGGGUCUUACAAAUAUAACACUGUGCAAAGCAAAGCACCAUGAAAGAAUAACGAGAACCAGGAAAUGAACGACUGUAUAAAGUCUGUAUUCACCUUGAAAAAUAUUUGAGUUAAAGUAUGUAUGAUGUCGGUGAACUCGGUUAACGGAGGUCAUCGGUAUACUGGCAUUUUAUUUAUAACCUGAAAUCGACAGUUUAAAACUCGGUUUAAAAGGUGCGAAAAUACAACAAAUACAAAACCAAACACAAAAAAGAAGGACGGAGUGAUAUAAGGGAAUAGGAAUGUUUGGCAAAAUGUUACUUCCAACACAGUGGCCUUUUAUACGUGAGGAAACACAGAGCAGGAUCGGUUACGUAGCGUAGUUUCUCCGAAACGUAACUACAAGCAAACGAAUACUAUGGACUCGUGUCUUUACUACAAAUCCGUCAUUAAAAUGCCUUUUUUUUUAAAGAAGCUAUGUAAAUGUAGAAAUGUACAUUUCUGUAAUUGUACUGACUAAAUGUUGAUUGUCUUAUUUCAAGUGAUAUGUAGUAGGCUUUCCUGGCCAGGUGAAUGUGUGGUCAUUGUGAUACUUUGAAAUAAAUUGUUGGGUUUUUUUUUC